AUGCCCAUCAACCCGGGUACCUGGAUGGAGCAGUACAGCGAGGCUUUCCAUCAGCCUCCAGGCCUCAUGAUUCUCCAGCUGCUGCUGCCUUACCUUCAACUGUACAUGGGUGGCUUGAAUCUGGAGCGCCAAGCACACCACCUGCUGGCACAGCUAGAGGAUGGCAAGUCCAGUGAGGCAGAGCCUGAGUUCCAGGAGGCCCGGGGUGUGUACAUAAGGAUCUUCAUAGCUACAGACUCACUUCCAAUGCCCACCCCAGGGCUAGAGCCUCAUCAAGGAGCUGCUCUGGUGGCCAGUGAAGGAGCAGCACCAUCGCCAGAGGCAGAGCUCAAGUCCAGUUCCCCCGAGGUCUCUACUCCAAGCUCCACAGUACCUCUGUACAACCAGCGAGUGGGAGACAGCUGCUCCAUUCAUGUCCAUCUAGAAAAUCAAAGACGAAUGGAGUAUAAGAACAUCGUGGUGACCUGCCAGGAUAGGGCACCCGCGGUCAUACGCAGGGCCUUACAAGAACACUUGCUCAAUGAGGAGGAUCCAGAGGACUUUGAGCUGCUUCAGAUUGUGUCGGAGCAUAAGAUGCUGAGGAUCCCUGCUGAUGGCAAUGUGUUUUAUGCCAUCAAUCCCCGCGUGGACUUUGAUUUUGUCCUCAGGAAAAGAGUCACCAGGAAGUGGACCAACAGCAAGACAAAGGAGUUCUUGGAGUCCACUUCUUCGGUGACUCACAGGAUCCCACGAGCUGUGAGCAGCAGCUCUUCAGUGGCAGCCAGACCACUGCCCCAGGCCACUGAAAGCAAGGACUCCAGUACCAAUAGUGUCACCAACAGCAGUUCCCUACUGCCUCAUUACAACAAGCAGGCAGAAGAGAGCAGCUUCAUACAGGUCCACCUGGAGGAGCAGACCAGGAGGGACUCACAGCGCAUCCUGUUGUCAGAAUCAACUUCUGAGGCCUCAGCCAUGGAGUGUACCAUCAGCCCAGCCUCCAGUCACAUCUCUUCUCAACAGGCUAGGCCCAAGCCGAUGGCCACAAAACACAUGAAGAAAUCCAGGGCCAUCGGAUACAUAACGGGCAGAUUUUCACGGCCCCGGUCCAAGAAACAGGUGAAAGACAGCUGCCUCAUAAAUGUCAGACUGGAGCACCAGAGUGCAAAGGAUGGCAAGGCUGUCCAGGUGACAUGCAACGACAGGGCUCCUACGGUCAUUCGCAGGGCCCUGGAACAUCACUUGCUGAUGCAGGAGAAGCCACAAGACUAUGAACUGGGACAAAUCAUCUCCCAACAGCACAAAAUGAAGAUUCCAAAGAAUGCCAACGUCUUUUAUGCGAUGAAGCCACAUGUCAGGAGAGACUUCAUCCUGAGAAAGAGGACCUGUCCUCAGGAUGAAAAGGAUGACUGGAUCCCUCCCCAACCUCCCUCUUAUGAGGCAACUCAGGUGCGACAUCACCGCUGGAACCUGUGGACAAGAAUCUGCUCCUGUCUCUCUGGGCAGUGCUAAAGCAUUGCAUCAUGGAUGAUCAAUGAGAUUGACUUCUAAAAUGUUUACUCAUCAAUUCCAUACAUAAUUGGACCUUAAGUUUUGUUAUUUAAAAUAUGUUUCUGUAUUCUGAUCCAC